UGGGGCAUAACGUCAUACUCUGUACUUGGCAUUCUUGUUAUUAUACAGGGAGAUAUUUUAUAUUGUUUGCUGCUAUCUCUGAAUUUGGACAUUACUACAUGUACUAGCACACCACCCUAGGACAAGGAGAACGUCUUUAUAAAGUAUCCUACGGCCUAACCGAACUCCCUCCGCCCCUCCCGGCUCGCCACACACCGCCCCGCCCGGCUCCGCUUUGCCAGCGACCCGCCCCGACAGCAACCAGAGAACAGAAUCAUGGCCGAUGUUGCGCCGAGUUACCGCGAGCCAAGCGUCCUCCAGACCUGCCAAGAGAGACCCGUGAUGGGGAAACAGGCUGCCACCACGCUCGCCCUGAAAAUGUUUGGACUCGCCGUCACCUCCGUCAAGGAAUUGGAUAGCUAUGACGAUAGGAAUUAUCUCAUUAAGGUCGAGGGAAAGAGCAGUAACCCUCACAUCAAAGAACCGUCGGCAGAUGGGUACGUCCUGAAGAUCACCAACUCCCUGGACUCCAAGAACAGCAAGAUCAUGGCCUCGCAGGUAGAGAUGAUGCUCUUCCUUCACUCCAGAGGCUUCAAGGUGUCCAAGCCUGAGAAGAACGUGCAUGGGUCUCACUUAAUCUACGCCAAGAUCAGUGGGGAUGAAGUGGGUGAGGAGGGUGGCGAGAAUAUUGUGAGGCUGCUGCCCUUCAUCCCAGGCAAGAUCCUCCACCAGGUGCCCACCACAGCACAACUCUUCUAUGAGGUUGGCGUCUUUGUGGGCAGGAUGGACAAUGAGCUCAAGGACUUCACCAAUGAGGACCUGAAGCAGAGGAAGUUCAUGUGGUGCAUGGAGAAUGUGCCUCAGCUGCCCAAGUUCCUGUUUGCUGUGAAGGACAAGCAUAGGAGGAAGUUGGUGGAGGAGGUGCUGCAGGUCUGGCAGGAGAGAGUUGCACCAGUCCUGCCCAAGCUAGAGAGAGGGUUUAUUCACGGAGACGCCAAUGAACAGAACUUCAUUGUCAGUGCCUCACAGGAUGACCCGUCCACUUACCACAUUGAUGCCUUGAUAGACUUUGGUGACAUCCAGCAUUCCUGCUACUUGUUUGAGCUGAGCAUCAUUAUCAUGUACAUGAUGCUAGUGGCAAAAACAAUGGAUCCAAAUGAUGUUGGUGGUCAUAUUAUUGCUGGCUACCUCACACACAGGACUGUCUCAAAGGAUGAGUGGAACAUUAUAAAGGAAUGUGUCGCUGCUCGCUUUGUCCAGAGUCUGGUGUUGGGAGCCUACAGCAUCCUGCAGGACCCUGACAAUCAGUACCUCCUGGUGACAGCAACUCGGGGAUGGGAGUUGCUGGACUCCUUCUGGCACACCCCCAAGGAGCAGCUCAUUGCCCAGUGGAGGAGCAUCUUGAAGAAUUAUCAGGAAGCCCACUCAGACAAAGUCUAGUCAUGAGUGUGUGUAGGAGGAACACUUGGAUUUACCAAUCAUUUACAAGUGCCUGUUGAUUAACUGAGUGUGUGGUGUGUGUAUAUAUUUACCUAGUUGUGUUUUACAGGAAAAGAGCUAUGCUCAUGCUGUCCUGUCUCCAUAUCUAUAAGCAUCCAGCUUAACUUUAUAUUCAUGAAUAUUUGUUGCUUGUACCACUGUUUCAUCUAAGUUGUUCCAUAUUUCUAUGCUUCUAUUUGGGAAACCAUAUUUCUUAAUAUCUCUUCUACUUGCUGUUUUCCUGUGUGUGUGUGUGUGUGUGCAUGCACAUGCACCUUGUCUUGGCUGCAAUCCCCAUAGCAGGAAUGUUGGCCAGAUAUUCCAGAUAUAUACAUAUUCUUUUUUUUUCAGAUGCCAAGAAUGUUAUUCAUAUCAUUGCCUUCCUUCUUUUAGAUCAAUAUUUUUUUAAAGUAUAUGGUGCUUUUUUUUAUAAUGGUAACCAGAACACUGUUAAUUGUUUUUAUAAACAUUAUAUGAUAUUA